AAAUGAAUUUCUUUCAGAGAAUUAGCUUAAGAACUUUAUGUAUGUAACUUUUGUUUGGUUGGAUUACCAAAAAAUCACUCUCAGUGUAAAUUACUGUGCAAAGCAGAGAGAAACAGAGAUGCAAGAAAUCCUCAGCCAAAUCCUCCUCCUUGUUCUUCUCCUCUUCUUUCUAAUUUUCUCACCUUCCACACAAAACCCACAACAACAACAACAACAAGGAUUAUACUACUGUGGUAACACUCCAAUCCCAAACCCAUCUAAUAUCAUAACCUGCAGGUCUGGAGAACUCUACUUCAAAACCUCAGCUGGUCUCUUCCAUGUCUCCGGAACAGAGGAAGUUAAAUUAAGAGCUAGGGUUUCUAUGGAAGUCGAAGGUCGCAUACCUGAUUUAUGCAUCGCUUGUGAGAGACCAGAUGGUAACUGUGGUGUUGCUCUAAGAUGUCUCUGUCAUCCUAAAGAAUGCAAGAAUAAAGUUGUCAAUUUCGGAACAAAGUCUCGAGCUUUAUCUGGUAACACGCAGCAGCUUCUUCCACUUGUGUCCAUGGCUUUGUUUCUUAUGUGGUUUUGAGAUGUAUAUUGUUUGAUCCUUGUGUAAUUGAGUCUUGGGAUUUGUGUUUAUGUAUCCGUUUCGAAUACAAAUUUAGAUAUGUAAUCUAUGGUUGUUGUUUCAAUGUAUGGUGGUACCUGGAAAUGAGUAAUACAUCUGGGGUUAGAAUUGA